CGUCGCUACCGCCAGCAAGGACGAGAAAAGAAGACUGAGCAGUACAAUGACGAGCCGAGCAGUCGUAUCAAUCCAAUCCAUCGAAGGCUCUGCCUCGAGCAGCACUCUACCGCUGCCUGCUGUCUUCACGGCACCCAUCCGAAAUGAUGUCGUUCAUGACAUCUACAAGUCUGUGGCCAAGAACAAGCGUCAACCGUACAGCGUAGCAAAGAAUGCCGGCGCACAAACCUCUGCCGAGUCUUGGGGUACCGGUCGUGCUGUCGCCCGUAUCCCGCGUGUCGGUGGUGGUGGUACGAGCCGCAGCGGUCAGGCUGCCUUUGGUAACAUGUGCCGUGGCGGUCGCAUGUACGCACCCACCAAGAUCUGGCGCAAGUGGCACGUCAAGACCAAUCUCAAUCAGAAGCGGUUCGCGACCGUAUCCGCACUUGCCGCCUCUGCUUUGCCAUCGCUCGUUCUUGCUCGUGGUCAUCGUAUUGAGGAGAUUGAGGAGGUUCCUCUCGUGGUACCCGAUGCGCUCGAAUCGAUCACCAAGACCAAGGCCGCUGUUGCCGCUCUCAAGGCGCUCAAUGCCCAUGACGACGUCGAAAAAGUGUCAAACUCUCGCAAGCUUCGUGCCGGCCGGGGCAAGUCUCGCAACCGUCGUCACACUCAACGUCGCGGACCUCUCAUCGUCUACAACGAAGACAACGGCAUCUCUCGCGCCUUUGGCAAUGUGCCCGGCGUCGAAGUCGUUAACGUGCGCCGCCUGAAUUUGCUUCAGCUCGCGCCUGGUGGUCAUUUGGGUCGCUUCAUCAUCUGGACAGAAGGCGCGUUCGCCGUGCUUGACGAGGUCUUUGGCACAUACGACAAGACUGCUACCCUCAAGAAGGACUAUCACCUGCCGCAGCCCAAGAUCAGCAACUCUGACGUUGCAUCGAUCAUCAACUCGACAGAGAUCCAGAGCGUCCUACGACCUGCCGGUCCUGCCAAGACGAGACGUCCAUUCACGCAGCACAAGAAUCCGCUUAAGAACCGUGGCGUCAUGGCCCGACUGAAUCCUUAUGCUGCUGUCGUUCGCAAGGCAGCAACAGAAGCGACCGCCAACAAGAAGACAAAGAAGCAAGAACAAGGCGAUCAUCUGAUCGCGAGCAAAGAGUUCGUCGCUUCCUUGCAUGCGCCUUAG